AUGGAUGUCAUCCCACUAACGGGCCCGAAACGCCCACGAGAGCCAAGGGUUGUUGUCGCUUGUCAGAGAUGUAAGUCUCGCAAGCAGAAGUGCAAUGGCGAGUUCCCGAGCUGUGCGAAGUGUGCCUCGCUCGGGAUCGCCUGCGAGUACAAAAUCCCAGACAAGCCCAUGCCGUUCGGGAAAAACCAAUACAUCCGAUGUCUGGAGCAACGCAUCGCCGACCUCGAGGCGUACAUUCAACAAAAGGGGUUUCACGAAUCUGAGAUCCCUGUGACUCCAUUCUCAGUCCAGUCCAGAAAGUAUGUGCUGGAAGAUCAUCAACCAGGCCAAGAAACGCCCGAGGGUCUGGAUGAGACACCCGAACCGUUGGUCGAAAAGCGCAAACUGGAAGAUGACACUCGUGGGGUCGAUUCCAUGACCGACCUCCUCCGGGACCUCUCGCUCGACGCCAACGGAGGUUACAUUGGUGCUUCGUCGUACAUUUCCAUCGGAAGGCUCAUCGGUGACAUUGUCCAGGAGCCCAGGGCACCCCAAAGUCAGUCACGAUCCCCGUCCAAAAAGGCAAGGAAAGCGGCCUUCCCGCCUCAGGAAGCCCUGGCUCCCAUCGCAAGGGGUCCCCUCAAGACGCAAAACUUGGCGGCCUUCGACUCUGCCGUUCUCGACCAGUUGCUCAACGGCUACAUGAAAUACGUGGCCACUCACUGGCCGGUCUUGCAUUCCACCUGGAUCCGAGAAGUGCAUGCGAAGCGAAAUAGCAACCUCGACAACUAUGAGUAUACGAUGCUGCACUUGGUGUAUGCUGUUGCAGGCCAGUUCCUCCACACAACGGGUCCCGUGGGAAAUCUCCAGCCCGAGCGACACUACGCACUGGCCCACGAGCACGUCGAUGAACUGUUGCAAUAUCGAGAUAUCCGGUCCGUCCAGGCCCUCAUGCUCUUGGCCAUCUACUCGCUGCGAACGUCUGCCGGUGUCGGUGCCUGGGCAUAUUGUCGCCUGGCCUUGUUGAUCGCCAUUGACCUGGGCCUUCACCGCAAAGGCAAACCCGAUACGUGGCGAACCAUCGACGAUGAAAUGAGAAAACGCAUCUUUUGGUCGUGUUACGCCUUUGACGUCCAAGUGUCCAUGCCACUGGGCCGACCCACAGGAAUAUCCGACCGAGAUAUUGACAUUCCUCUUCCGCUGGAAGUUGAGGAACACGUCUCAGACCCAGAGUUGCUGGCCAAAGCAAACGGUGCAGAACCCACCCGUGCUCCAGAUACGGGGACACCCAUGUCGGCUUUCAAUCACAUCGUGCGGCUCCGUAAGAUCGAGUCGGAAGUCCAGCAGACCGUGUAUCGCGUCGACCGUUCCGAGCAGACCCCCACGGAGGAGGUGGAAAGAAUUCUGGCCAAGCUGGGACGUUGGCAAACGCUGAUCCCGCGGGAUGCAUACACCGCGACCGACCAAGAAAAUGUUCCGUUUGAUGGAGUUGACUACUAUAUGAUCUUCUUCUGGAAAUGUGUCCGCCUUCUUCUCUACCCCCAGAUCGCUGGCUUCGGUUCCAACCCGAGAUAUCUGAAACCCUGCGCCACGGCGUGCGGCAACCUCUGCCAAACCUACAAACGACUGCACCAGUCCAUGUCAAUCGCGUACUCGAUGAUGUCCCUCCAAAGUGUCUUUAUGGCCGGCAUUACGCUGGUGUAUUGCGUCUGGGCCUCACCCCAGGAAUUCUCCAUGGCCUCGGUCAACGACGACGUCUCGGCGUGUAGUGUUGUGCUGUUCGUGAUGGUGGAACGGCUCCGCACCGUGACGGCCAAGAAAUACCGGGACGCCUUUGAACUUGUGCGGCACAAGGUGCUGGACCACGUCGGCCGUAACGCACAGCACGUCCCGCGCCAACAGAUCGCGACGUUGAACAACGACGACGACUUUCAGUCCACGAUUCGUCAGUUGGGGGAGGAGCACGAUGAUGAUGACGCUGACGGAUGCCUGCUGAACUUCACACAUAUUCUCACUGAGAUUGCUGGAGAACAAUUCAAUCACAAUGGUGGUGGUUCUGAUCGCCCGAGCCACCAUAACCAACACCAACAACCACCGCAACAGCAAUCUCUUCCUCUUCCUCCUCCUGGACUGACUCCAUCCAAGAUUGGCGUGUCCCAUGUUAGACAGCAGCAGCAGACCGUCGAGAUCGUGGAACAGACACAGACAUACAAUAACAACAACAACGACAACAACAGACCAACGGACUCGUCGCCAUCAUCGCAUUCGCAUUCGCACUUAAUUGCGUUCUCGGAAACAAACUUUCUGGAAGACGAUGACGACGACGACUUGAACAAUUGGGGCUUGAUCGAGGGCAUGACCCACACGUCGCCCGGGUUAGAUACGUAUCUUCGGCAGCUGUGUGAGUGA